AUGUACCUCGAAGAACAUGAUUAUGUGGAAGAGACCCCAAGUCAGGAAUCCAGUGAGCGGUGGGCGUGGACCCCUCGUACUAAAACCCGAGAUGAGAAGUUGUACGAAAGUUUUAAAAAAAGAGGGAUAAGUACUAGUAACAUAUCGCCCCAACUGGCCACCCAGCAGACAUCACGACAGCGUGAGACCGAGGACUAUCAUGAGUACACCAGAGAACGACCACGCAGCAGUCAAGAGGCCCACAGGAGAAGUCACACGACUGGGGAUUUGGACACGAAACUUGGGGCGUCUACGAUGAACUAUUCCUACCCUGCAGAUUACCCUAUUCAGCCGCGAGUAGUACGACCACAAGGCGAAAAAAUUGCAACCCUGAGUAAAGGUGGGCGAAUGGAAGAUUACAUCGGAACCAAAUCUGAGCACCUAUCAUACCCCAAGGACUACCCCAUUCAUCCUCGUGUUGUCAAACCAGAAGCUAGAGAGAUAGCAGAACUAAGCAAAGGGAAGCGUAUGAAGAGGCUCAUUCACGAAUACGGUCACCUGACCCCUUCACCAAGGCCCGUGCCACGAAUAAAACCAGAGGCAGAAGACAUCGCUGAAGGGCAUCGCGGAAAGCCAGUGGCUAUGCUGCUUGGUUCCUACGGGAAGCUGGGACCACCAACCAGGCGCGUGCAAAGGAUCAAACCCGAGGCCAGGCAGGCUUACGAACCCCACCGUGGAAAACGAAUGGCGCGAAUUAUCAAGCAACAGCGGACAGGGCGCUCGGCCAGGUCGGAUAGCUCGAUGAACAACCUGCGUCUUGAUCUGGAAAAACUUAACACCAGAGAUGAUUAUGAAGAUCCGUUCAGUUCAAACAAGCGUCCAAAAAGUAGAGAUGAUACGCGUUCUGAAAGUUUCCACAGAAGAAAUAACACGACGUGGUGGUGAAAAAAAUUCGCACCAGUUUUUAGAAUUUUACCCGAAAGAAUGACCAUUUCAAUUUGGAAAAAAAAGUUCA